GUGAGUGCGAACAAAUCCAUCAUAUUUUACAAGACCAGUGCCGUGGAACUAACGGGGUCAGACGCUUUGAACGACCUGAACAUCAUCACACUGACCACGGGUGCGGCGGAGUCUCUCUAUCAGAUCAUAAGACAUGUGUACACUCCGAUGCUCGCCAUCGGUGAUGAUUUAUUUUCUAUUAAACUUCAAAAAACUUUACUAGAAUUGGAAUCGAAUCUGAAGCUCGUCACUCACGGCGAGGGAGACGAAAAUAUUAAAGUUAUUUUAUCCGUUGAGGACGAAGUUGGUUAUUGGAAGACCUUUGGAGAGAAGAGGGACAUCAAGAAGAGUGAGAAGGAAGCAGCCUCCGCUUUCUGUGUGCUGUUCGAGGAUAUCUGUGAAGAGAUCAGGUGCUUGCCCUCUAUCGGUCUGCAGGAAGUGCGAGACUCCGCUGAGAACAUCGGAGGUAUACUGGACGACGUGUGGCGGUACUCUCCCACGCCGUACUCACAGGACAGGAUGGUCCAUAUUUUUGAUAUCGUCGGGCACGUGAUCUGCUCGGUCACUCAGCAGGCCGUAUCCAGAACAGAUUUGUGGCGGGUCCACCACGGUCUGAAGGAUAAUGAGAUACUCCAUCAACUAACAGAAGCUCUGGCUGCUGUGAAGGUGUGGGUCAGUACGUGUAAGACCCUCACGGACACGUACUGGCCGAACUACUCACUGCAUGAAUGGAAAGGAAAACCUUAUGUGCCCGUAUUCUGCCAGAAUUUUCAAAAGAGACUUGAAGAAAUUCACAGUAUUAGGUCCACUUUUAACCAACUCAGUAAACUCUUGGCGAAAUCUGAGAGGACUGAAUUAAAUAGCGACCAGCUGUUGGAGCCAUUCAAGAAUAUAAAUGUUUGGAUAUACAAUGGCCACAACCAAAUGUGGGAAAAUGCAGUUUCAAGAUUUUCGUCAAGUAUCCGUCCAGCUGAAGCGAAGAUAGCCGAGAAACUCAAACCGCGGCUACAGAAUUUAUCCACCAAGCAGUCCCUGUACGAGUUCUCAAGAUACCGCACCUUGCUCAGUCGACCGCUAGUGCAGCAAGCUCUGACCCGAGAGCUGGAACUAUUCCUGUCGUCGCUACUGACGAUGAUGAAGGACGUUAAAUCGCACUUGGAGGAAGACCUGCCGGGGCUGUACCACCCGCCCGAGAUGACAGACUUGGUCGUCAAGGUGCAGUGGGCGAGGCAGAUGGAGGACAAGGUGAAAGAAAUAGAAUCAUGCGUCGGAACCGAUCUCAGGAAUUUGGAGGGAAGUGAUGAGGUGCUGCAGCUGGCUGCCAAAGUGCAAAACGAUCUGAAGAAUACAUACACGCAGCUAUAUGAGGAGUGGUCCAGAGACGUUCAGGCGCAGCUCAGGGCGGGGUCUCUUCAGCUGUCGGAGCGGCCCGUGGUAGAAUUCUCUAGUGCUGACCGCCUCAUGGUCGUCAACUAUCCCGAGGGACUGGAGCGCGUUGAGCGAGAGGCGAGAGCACUGCUUGCAGCCGGGCUGCCGCCACCACCUGGCGCGCUCACAGGGCUCACGGCAUCGCUACGAUAUGCGAGAGCGCUACACCAGGUGGCUUCUUUUCACAACACGCUGGGUGAACGUGCCGUGAGCUCAACACGGCCCAUGUUGUUGCAUGCAGCACUCCAGCUGGCGGCUCUGGUGGCAGACCACCGUCCCCCGUCUUGGACCGACGAGCGAGCUCUACAUGAAUACACACAGCAACUUAAGGAAAAAGUGAUGGAGCUCGAGAAACAGAAUAAUUAUCUCACCAGCCAACAUUUAAAAAUCCGAAGUAUUGUCGAGAAGCUCAUGGACACAGAGCUCCUUGCGAAACUCGCUGAAUGGAAGAAAGGCAUCAAGGAUAUCAGGGAUAUUAUUGAGAAGGUGGAAGCCAAUGGGUACGAGAAUACAGAGAUGUGGCGCUCCCACUGGGACCUGCAGCUGUACAAAGCCAUGGAGUGUCAGUACAUGAAGGCACUGCUGUCAUUACAUUCUCACUUUCCGGCGCUCAGGGUCGACCUGGUUCUACGAAGUGGUCGCGUGCGCUCUCAACCCUCCGAGGAAGAGCUUCGCGCCCGUCUGUACUCGUUGCUGAGACGCCUAGUGACUUUACCGGCAGGUCUGCCCGGCCUCGCCAGCACCACGGACACAGAUACGAACACGACUAGUGUUUUCUCGAGCAUCGUUGAAAAACACAGUUGGCUCGGGAACAAGGCAGUGUCCCAACUGGAGGGCACUCUGGCAAACCUGGAGCGAGCCUGCGAGCGAUGGACGAGGCGGGCGGCGUUAGGCUGUGUGCGACUGAAGGACCUGUGUGAUCAGCUCACUUCGCCUGAACAGUGGGAGAUCAACUUCAGGGCGUGCAAGGCGUACGGGCAGUCGGUCGCCAAGAUGACAUUUGAAGAUGAGAAAAUAGAAUGGAUCACGGUAGGUACUGUAACGCUUCGCCGUGAGUUUGAGGCCCAAGCGAGGAACCUGUGGGCCUGUUUGAUGACGUCACUGACAGCCAGCUGUCGGGGUGACUCUACUGCGCUGGAUUCUUUCAUGACCGCGGCCUCCGUUACGUUGGAGGAUAAAACGCUGCCCAAAAACACUAAGGAACUGGCCGAAAUCAGCGCCAAGCAACAAGCGCUGCAAAAGAAAAUGCCCGAGAUGGAGAAAAUGGUUGAGGACCUGAAACGCAAGAGCCACUUGGCGAGGACUUGGGGCGGAGACACGACUCUGGAUGGAGUCACGCGCGAGUGGAGCAAACUGAAAGAGACGAUGACAGCUCAUCAGACGAUGUUCGAACACCAGGCCGAGAUAGUGAAGACGACCCUGAGCGGUGACUGCGAGAACCUCCGCUCGGCGCUGGAGGCGUGGGCUGGUCGGUGGUCACGACACGACGUGCGCGAAACAACGUACGACGGACUGGUCGCCGCCAGCCACGACGUGAAACACGCGCUGGACGGAUGGAACACGCUCGCCGACCAGUGGGCCGAGCUCCAGCAAGAUCCGAACCGGCCCUGCUGGCUGCUGAGGUUCAGCUACGACUACUGUCAGGCCUUCUGA